CAUCCGAAAAGACGAUGUACCAUGAUUACUGACUAUAAAAUGCGAAUAGGACGACGAGAUCGCUUGGUGAAAGAGCGCUUACACGAACAGUAAGGAAAGACCCUCUAAACUGUGUGACAAUUUCGUAAGUGCCGCACACCCCAACACGACCAGACAAUCGGCUAUACAACAUGCAAUACGUCUUUCCCAAACCACCACGCACGCUCUCUGACAAAGUGGCCAUCGUGACCGGCGCAGGCGCAGCAGGCGAUGGUAUCGGCAACGGUCGCGCUUCAGCGAUCCUGCUGGCCGACGAAAACUGCGCCGUGGUCUGCGUCGACCGGGACGUUAGCCUCGCCCAGCGCACCGUGGAGAUGAUCGAAGCCGAGGGCAAGGGACGAGCCAUCGCCAUUCAAGCCGAUGUCAGCGUGGAAUCCGACUGCGAGCGUAUCGUUAAGACCACGCUCGAGACAUACUCACGUCUCGACAUCCUGCUGAACUGCGUGGGCAUUGGCGGUGCGACCGGCACAGCGCUAGAAGUCGACAUGACAGCCUGGGCCAAGGGCAUGGAAAUCAACGUCGCCAGCAUGGUCAUGAUGGCCAAGUACGCCAUUCCCGCCAUGAUGAAGAACGAGUCUGAAUGGGGAUACCGCGGUGCCAUCAUCAAUAUUGCUAGUGUUGCUGGUCUUAAAGGAGGCACACCUCACCUGCUGUACCCAACGAGCAAAGGCGCUGUAGUCAAUCUUACGCGUGCCAUGGCUGCGCAUCACGCCCCUCAGGGCAUCAGAGUCAACUGCGUAUGUCCUGGCAUGGUAUAUACUCCAAUGAUGCACUCACCGCCUGGCGCACCUCGUAUGACUGGGGAAGCACGUGAGGCGAGGAAGAACAGGAGUCUACUCAAGACCGAGGGCAAUGGAUGGGACGUAGGUUGUGCCGUCCGAUUCCUUGCCACGCCCGAGUCGAGAUGGACCACAGGCCUGAUCAUGCCAGUCGAUGCUGGUGCCACGGCUGCAGUUGGAACAGACCUACCCAGGACAGCCAGCGUGAAUCCAUGAAGCAAAGUCACAUUCGAGUCCAGCACACGGGAAGCAAGGAAGGGGACGAACACAGCUCAAAAAAAGCAUUCUUGUAUGUGGCU